CCCGGCACAGCCCUGCUGUUUGCCCAGCCCCGGGGCUGGGCUUUCCCAGCACGGCCCCGCCGUCGCUCUGCGAGCCGCCGACCAUCGGGGCUGCCGGCGGAGGCUCCUGCCGCCUCCAUGCUGUCCCCGGAGGCUUUGGUGGCCGCAGCCGCCGUGCUCAUGGGGCUGGGCCUCCUAGCUUGGUGCCUUUGGGCAGGGAGGCUGGAGGUGCCUGGAGACGUGGGAGAGGAGGACGAGGACGAGGAGGAGGAGGAAGAGGAGGGGAUCCCCUUCAUGGCCGAGGAGGGUUCGGGGCACUGCCGGCUGCUGUGCAAGCCCUCGGCUCUGGCCCAGCACCUGGUGCGGAGCUUGGGGCGGUCAGCGGCGCUGCGGGGGGGACGCUGGCCGUGGCCGUGCUGGCCCCAGCUCCAGAUGCUGUGGCAGCUCCUGCAGCCACCUGAGCCGGAGCCGCUGGUGGCCCGUGAGCUCCUGCAGCUGUCUGACGCUGGGCUGGUGGCCCUGGACUGGUUGGUGGGGCCGUGGGGGGCUGCGGGUGGCGGCGGGGGGGUCUCCAGCCCGGUGCUGCUGCUCAUUCCCAACGCUGCCGGGAAGGUGACGGGGGGGCUGCUGCAGCUGGGGCUGCGGGCGCUGGAGCGGGGCUUCAUCCCCGUCAUCUUCAACCGCCGGGGCCACAACGGCUGCCCCCUCACCACCCCCCGGCUCCAGCCUUUCGGGGACCCCGGGGACCUGCGGGAGGCUGUGACCUACCUGCGGUGCCGGCACCCCUCUGCCUCUCUGCUGGCCGUCAGCGAGGGCUCGGGCUCGGGGCUGCUGCUCGCCUACCUGGGCGAGAGCGGCUCCUCCAGCCGCCUGGCCGCCGCCGCCUGCCUCUCCCCCAUCUUCCGUGGCCGGGACUGGUUUGAGGCCAGGAUGCCCUGGCUUUACGAGUGGCCGCUGCUCCUCCACCUCAAGCAGGGAUUGAGCAGGUACGCGGGGGCUUUGGCCGAGGUGGUGGACACGGACAGGCUCCUGGGCAGCCGCUCGCUGCGGGAGCUGGAGGAAACCCUCUUCUGCCGGACUCGGAGCCGCCCCACCAGCUGGGAGAGCUACUGGGAGCGGAACGAGCCCCUGCGCGACGCGGACGAGGCGGCGGUGCCGGUGCUGUGCCUCUGCAGCGCCGAUGACCCCGUGCGCGGCCCCCCGGCCCGGAGCCUGCCCAGGGAGCUCUUCCGCAGCAGCCCCUACUUCUUCCUGCUGCUGACCCCGCACGGGGGGCACUGCGGCUUCCCCCGGCGGGGGCCGGGGCGCUGCUGGGCCCACGAGGCCGUGCUGGAAUAUUUCAGGGCCAUGGCAGAGUUCCUGCGGACGGAGGAGAGGAGGAAGGGGCUGCCGCGGCCCCGCAGGUGGGGGGGUCCCCCAGCUGAGCCCCCCGUGUUCACCUGGCAGAGGUCCUACACGCGGUAGCCCCCCUGGGGCAGGGUCUC